AUGUCCUGGAAUAUCAAGUCCAGCAGCCUUCAUUCAGCGAUUUCAGAGGGAGAAGAAUUUUAUGAAGCUUCCCCCUAUGAGCCGGUCACCUCUCGUCUCUCAGAUAUAUUCAGACUUGCUUCAAUUUUCUCAGGAAUGGACCCCGCCACCAACUCCAAAAGCAACCACUGCCUCGACGCGGCCAAAGCCUGCAACCUGAAUGACAACUGCAAGCGCCUGCGCUCGGGCUACAUCUCCACCUGCAGCAAGGAGAUCUCGGCCACCGAGCACUGCAGCCGGAGGAAAUGCCACAAGGCUCUGCGCCAGUUCUUUGACCGCGUCCCCAGCGAGUACACCUACCGCCUCCUCUUCUGCUCCUGCAAGGACCAGGCUUGCGCCGAGCGCCGGCGGCAAACCAUCGUCCCCUCCUGCUCCUACGAGGACAAGGAGAAACCCAACUGCCUGGAUCUGCGCAACACGUGCCGGACGGAUCACCUCUGCCGGUCCCGGCUGGCCGAUUUCCACACCAACUGCCAAGCCUCCUUCCAGUCCCUGACGAGCUGCCCCGGGGACAACUACCAGGCGUGCCUGGGCUCCUACGCGGGGCUCAUUGGUGAGUGCUGGGGGGGGGGCGGGUGGUGCUCCUGCAAAGGCAGCGGCAACAUGGAGGAGGAGUGCGAGAAGUUCCUCCGAGACUUCACAGAAAACCCCUGUCUCGGAAAUGCCAUCCAAGCCUUCGGCAACGGCACCGAUGUGAACAUCUCCCCCAAGAACCCCUCGCCCCCCGUCACCCUGCCACCGAAGACGGAGAAGAGCCCUGCCUUGCCGGAUGACAUCAACGACAGCAACACCAUGUACGACACGAGCGUCAUCACCACCUGCACCUCCGUCCAGGAGCAUGGACCGAAGCUAAACAAGUCCAAAGAGCAGAGUCUGUGCUACUCAGAGACCCAGCUGACCACGGACAUCAUGCCAGACCAGAAGACGUUCGUGGACCAGAAGGCAGGCGGCAGCCGACACUGGGCGGGCCGGAGCCUGCCCGUUGUGCCCAUCCUCCUGCUGCAGCUGGCGCUCUAG